CACUGUCCGUCCGCAUUUAAAAGACAGACUUCUCGCAUAAAGAAGCAUGAAAACAUCUUUCAAAGGUCGGUUGUCCCAUUCAAACCAUCCCAGUGUUCCUUUUACCUCAAACCACCACCAUGUCUCCAGUUGACCAGUACCUGAAUCAGGUUGGAUCUGAGAAUUAUGACUUACUGUAUCACAUUUUCUUAUACAUCAUGUGAAUAACCAGGUGUGUGUGUGCAUACCUGCAGAACAUGGCACCAGGAUCUAAGGAUCACUGCCUGGAUGUUGCCAUUGGAGUGUUCUCGGUCUGCAACAAUGUUCAUUUUACCCAAAAUCAAAUCAGGAUAUUAUACAGGUAAAUGUAUGCGGAUUAAAUGUAAUCCUUUAUUGCAGUGUAACCAGAUUUUAAAGAGUUAUUAAUAUAGCAGUCUGUUAUCUAUAGUGGAUGUACGUUUCUUGUGUUUCCUGUUGACCUUUACGGUUAACUAGUUUAGUUUUUCCAGUGGUUUGUUCCAGAUUACUAUAAUAAAAUCAGGCAUCAGGCAGCGAUGGUAAUAAAACCAAUAUUAACGAGGACAAAUCAAACCAUCUUUGCCUCUGUUUUAAGAUAAGUGGUUGAAGAGCUGUUAGAUAUUUAAUCUAAAUAUAAAUGUUGGGGGCUUGGAAAAAUAAACAAUUUUACCUUUAAAUUAAAACUAAAUGUGUGUAAUGCGGGGUUUAACAUCAAUAUGCAACUUGACUGCAUGGAAAGAAUAGGCGGAGUUUUAUUGUGAAUACAACUUCCUCAUCUCAGUUCUCCACACAGAACAAUAGCCACUGGUCACUCCAGUCCAGCUUAUUUAAACAGAUUUAAAUUUGCCUCUGCUCCUGUUAACUCCUUCCAGCAUUAAGAGGAAUCCAGUUUGUCAGGUAUCACCAUGGCUACUCCAUUAGAUUCUGAAUCAAUUACAAAUGAAAUUAAAGAAGCACUGCAGAACAAUGACUACGCCUUUGCUGUUGCAAAGAUCCAGGAGUAUUUAGAUCAGAUCAACAAUGUUCCACUAAAUAUUGCCAUCACAGGAGAGGCUGGCUCUGGUAAAUCCACAUUUGUUAAUGCCUUCAGAGGUAUAAAAAACAAAGAUGAAGGAGCUGCUCCUACUGGUUGUGAAGAAACCACCACAGAGGUCACGCCAUACCCUCAUCCAAACUAUCCUAAUGUUACACUCUGGGAUCUUCCUGGAGUUGGGACCACCAGGUUUCCAGCUGACAAGUACCUGAAGCAUGUUGGAUUUGAGAGGUUUGACUUCUUCAUCAUCAUCUCAGACACACGUUUCAGAGAAAAUGAUGUGAAACUGGCUCAGGAGAUUCAGAGGAUGGGGAAAAGGUUCUACUUUGUUCGCUCAAAGAUUGACAACGACCUACGUGCUGAGAAGGAAAGUCAGAGGGACUUCAGUGAAGAGAGCACUCUGACUAAGAUCAGGGAAAACUGUGUUAAAAGUCUUAUAACUCAAGGCAUUGAAGCUCCACAGGUCUUCCUGGUGUACAGCUUUGAGCUUCAUCUCUAUGACUUCUCUCUCCUACAUGAGACCUUAGAGAAAGAACUUUCUGAUCACAAGAGGCAUGCUCUGUUGUUGGCCAUGCCAAGUAUCAACCUGGACAUCAUCAGGAAAAAGAAAGAAGCUUUCCACGCUCAGAUAAAAUACAUAUCCACUGUGUCUGCAGUUGUAGCAGCUGUACCAGUUCCUGGUCUCUCUGUUGCUGUUGAUCUCAGUCUGAUGACUGCUGCUGUCUCAAGAUAUGUAGCUGGGUUUGGGCUUGAUGAGCAGUCACUGAAGAAACUUUCAGUCACAGGUGUGUCAUAUGAUGAUGUGCUUGGUGUCAUCACUACACAAGUACGUUUCACAAAAGUAACCAUGGAUCUCAUUGUUAAGCUGUUGACCACAUUCCCAAUCACAUCUGCAUCAAUGGCAACAGAGGAAGUGUCCAGAUUCAUUCCAAUGUUUGGAAUCCCAGUAGCAAUGGUCUCCUCUUUUGCCACAACCUACACAUUUCUGAAUCGCAUCCUCAACAUGCUUGCUGAAGGUGCUCAGGAUGUGUUUAAAAAGGCUCUGGAUUUGAAGACCGCAGUGUGAUGUAAAUAGAUUUCAGUGACACAUUGAAGUACAUUGCUACAUCUAUUACAUCUAUGGUAGGGAAGGGAAAAUACAACUGAUGAAUGUACAUUAUACGUUUUAUUCAAUUGAAUGCAAGAGGUUCCACCUGGGAAUGCUGCGAGCCAUAGAGAUUGGGAUGAAUUUUUUUUUUUUUCUGCAGCAGUAAUUGUCCUGUGGGUUUUCUUCUGCUAGCUUUCAAAAACAUACUAAGCUGUUGCUCUAGUCAUUCUUGCUGUUGCUAUAGGAUAUGGGAUAUAAUGAGUUGCCUGUGGUGUUGUGAGGCAGCAUUUCCUGCUGUGCUCACUGUUAUGUAUUCUAGUGGGUCAGUACAACAUAUGGAAAACUGGAAAAAGGUAUUGGUUUCUGGUGAUGUGAAACAUUUGUUGUGUAUUUUUCUUGUGUUAGAUUUUUAUCAAACACAUGUGAUAAUCAGAAUGUCCUUUAUAUUCCUAUUACUCAAUCUGAAUAUUUAUCAAUAUUCUGGAGCAAUUUAUCACUUCUUCAUAUACCUUGGACAUUAUGUAGUGGUAAAAUCACACUGAAAUGUUGUGUAUCAGGUAUGAUGCAACUCCCACAAUGCCAGUUUUAUAAUUUCAUCUAAAAGAUUAAAAUGUCAUAUUUAAAUAUGCUCUUAUUAGCGUAAUCUUUACAUAUUUAUGAAUUAUUUUUUGAACGCAACCUGAUGUUCACUGGUAAUUAUUGUCUUUUGUCAUCCUCAAUAAAUUUCCAUAAUGCAAAGUAUGAGGAAAUGGUUAUCAUUUAAUUAUGUAGCUAGUUUAGAGGUCAAAAAUCACCAUUAUUUUAAGUCAGGCUUUACGUGUCAUUUAACAGGCAGCUUCCAAAAGAAAAGAAAAAAACAACAGGAUAUAAAUGCAAAGUUCACAGCAACAUUAUGGCUUAAUUUAAAAACCUUUUCAGAAGUACAGUAUGUUCAUGAUCUUUCUUCAACAUUAAGAUGAAUCCAGUGUUUCUCUUUGAUAGCCUUUUCUUAAAUACACAAAUUAGAUUCACUGUCCCUUUUUGCUCUCUGGUCACCAAUGUAUGA